CAGCCAUCAUGUUCCCUGCGGCUGCCGCACUCACGGGGCUGAGCGCCUUGUUCUACACCUCAGUAGGAUCGUGGGCUGAUGAAGGAGUGAGCAGUACUACUUACCCUCCUGGCCCGCCGCCGACGACCUCAGUUUCGGUGAAAAACGUGGGGGGCAAUCCCGCUGGGGAGAGUGCUGCUGGGUCAGUAUCGUCAGCCGCGAACCGAGGCACAGACGUGGUGGCUGCGAACAGCGGACAGGGAUUUAACGCAGUAGGCGUUGGAAGUCACCAGCAGGGGGACACUAGCUAUUCGCACCCGAUGGCACCAGGGAGCGCUUCCUCGGCCUCGCUCUUAACAGAAGCGCAUCUUUUUUUAUGGCUUUUGUUCUGUACAGUUUUGGUCCGAAAAAAAAUUUUUAUGGGAGCAAGCAAGCACCACUUAAUGUGCUCAAAUAAUGAGUGGAUACAGCAUUCAAAUCUUUUUGUAGAAGGGCCGCUUUUUUUUACACUUUUGGCAGUCCCGCUUUAAUCUUUCUAGCGAUAUAUUUUUUGCGUCUCUUUGGCAAUGGUGCAAUGUGGAUCGCGGCGGUGCAAGCGAUCAACCUGUGGUACGUAGAACGCCGUCCGGCAAUGCAGUCGUACUUGACCCUGACAGCAGCUGUUGGAAUCCUGUGCUUCGCAUCAGCCAGCGAAAUGCGAGUGCAGGCGGUUGGAUGGCGCCAAGCCUACACAGAAUACGCCUACCUCGAACUCUUCUUUAUGGCGCCACUCGGAUACUUCUUCAUGCCAAACCACCCAGAACAGUACGGAGAAGCACCUGACGGCAAGCUCUGGCGAAAGCUUGCAACUCCGAAGAUCAUGUUCCCAGAGCCUGUAGGAAGAGAGCCUUCAGACGGUCCAACGGCAACGACAGCGAUGCUUGCGUCUACACAGAAGAUGAGUGCGGAGAUGAAGGAGAGCGGAAUCGGAAAACCAGUUUCUUCUACGAUGU